UUUCCAUGUCAUUUUUUUUAGUAUAAAAAUGAAUAAUAAUUUCAAUUUAUCUGAAUCAAAAUGGCCAAUUUUAGUUAUAAAUUAUGAGAUUAUCCCAAUAAAACCAAACAAAAAUCAUUCCAAAAUUACAAUAUUUCAUGGUGGAGUGUUUCAUAUUGUAUAAAAUAUCAAAAAAAAAAAUAUUAAAAUUAAUUUAAAAACUUGUUCAGCUUUUUUUCAGAAGUAAUACAAGCCAUUAACUUUACAAUGGUUUAUAAUAAACACCUUAGUCCAUAAUAUAGUUCUAUUUCUAUGUAUAUUAUAAAUAAAAAACGAUUCCGUAAAAAAAAAAAUAACCACAAAAAGGGAAUUCAAUACAGUUAGAUACCAACCGUUUUUAAGGAGUUCGAUGUAGGUAAUUUUCGGCUGUCAUAAGAAUGCAGUCUACCAGCAAAUGCGUUCUACCAGCCGCUGUAGGAUGCAGUCUACCUACGGUUUUUACUUAGGCUUAAGUUUAUUUUUAAUAGAUACACUUUAAUCUUUUUCUUCGGUCAACAUUUUAUCUUAAUAGCAUUAUACACAGAUAACAAUACUUCAACAUUUUGUAAAAGUAUUGGCUCAAUAGCUCAGUAUGUCAUUUAUUGCGCGAUACCACAAUUUAUAUUUUAUACACCCAAUAUGUUGGCAAAAGAUUUUUAUUCAAUUAUUAGUGGUAACGAAUCAACUAUGAAUUUUUUGAUGUAAUGUAAUGCCUGUAACUCGGUCAAUCUUAGGUUUAGGACUGGUCAAAAUGUCUUAGAAAAAAAUUAUUUACCCAUAUCUGAUAUCGAAUCCCGGACGAAAAGUCCAGGGACAAAAAGUCCGGAAUGAAAAAAGUUGGACUAAAAGUCCGGAUUCAUUUUUUGAUUGCCGGACAAAAAGUCCGAGUACAUUUUUACUGUCGGACAAAAAGUCCGAAAAUAUAAAAUUGUCUAUAAUGUCUAUAUGUAUUAUAUAAAUGUAAUAUUAUAUUAUAUAGUCAGUUCAUAUAUAAUUAAUAUUUAUUUUAAAAAUGUAAUUGUUGUACCUACUUUUAUUAUAUUAUUGUAUUUUUUUUUAUAUUUUAUUACUUCUUAUUAUUUCUUAUACCUAAAAUAUAACGGAAAUCCACUGUACACUGAAAGAAAUUCAUAUAUGAAAACAAAAAAAAAUAGUUUCGUAGGUAGGUAGAUACGAAUAUGGCUAUAUCUAUCUUAUGUUUAUCGCGGCAGUAUGUCUACAGUUUAUCUACCAUAAGAUUUAAGAUUAUAUCUAUAUACUACAAUAAGUAAUAACGAUAAUCAAUGUUAUUACCACGAUCUCAUCGAUAUAAUCGAUUUCAUGAGGAACGUAGCGGGCUUGAAUUAUAAAUUGAAUUUGUCACUUAGUCAGUGUAUCCCGAGACGCUAUUUAGUUGAGAUGGAAGUUGAAAUGGAAGUUUUUGUAGUAAAAGAAAAUAAAAAAAUUAUAUUUGACGGAUAUGCAUAUACGGUUCAUCAUAAUCUAGUUUCAAGUCUUCGGUGGAAAUGUUCCAAUAAAAUUUCAAAAAAAUGUCCGGGCAUUUUAGUAACUUCCAAAAAUUAUAAAAAUCCAACAAUUGAGGUUGAACAUUCGCAUGCUGGUGAUGCGAAUUUAGAAACAGUCGAAAAAGCCAAGGCUGAAAUGUUAAAACGUGUUUCAACAUUUUCAACCUCAACUCCUUCACAAAUUUUCGCUGAAGUAAUAAAUCAGGUGCCAGAGCAGGCUUUAACAUCUUUCGCAAAUGAAGAAACAACCAAAAGAAUGUUGCGGCGCAAAAAAAAUAAAGGUAAUCCCAAAAAACCAUCAUGUUUAUCAGACCUUACAAUUAAUAAUGAAUGGGCAAUGUACAAAGACGAACGAUUUUUGAUUUUUGAUAAUGGUCCGGAAUCGAAUGAGCGAAUAAUAAUUUUUUCAUUGGAUGAAGGUUUAGUUCAUUUAUCAGAGGCAGAUACUUGGUUCUGCGAUGGUAACUUUAAAUUAUGUCCCGAAUUUUUUAUGCAAUUAUACGUUAUUAGAGUUAAAAAGUAUGACAAAUUUAUUACCCCAAUAUUUUGUUUACUUCAAAAUAAAACUCGCAGUACGUAUGAAGAAAUGUUCACUGCAAUAUUCAAUAAAUGUUCCGAAAAUAAUUUUUAUCCCGAUCCUAAAAUAAUGAACAUGGACUUCGAACAAGCUGUUAUUCAAGCAGCAAAAUCAGUUUUUGGGGAACAUUUGCUAAUACAAGGUUGUUUUUACCAUUUGUGCCAAAGUACUCAUAGAAAAUUACAAGAGUUAGGAUUACAAAAUAAAUACAAUCAUGACAACGUGUUUAGCCAUUAUUGUAGUAUGAUCGAUGGCUUAGCUUUUUUGCCGGUUGAAAAAGUAAUAGAAGGCAUGAAAUACUUAAAAUCAAUUUGUGCACCCGAUAAUACGGAUAUACUUGAUUAUUUUUAUAACACAUAUGUUACUGGAACACAUAGGAAAGUCGGGGUUUUAAAAUUCAGACGGAUUAAGCCAUUGUACCCCCCUGAAACUUGGAACGUACACGAGGCUACAAUGCGCUCCAGACACCGUACAAAUAAUGUUUGUGAAAGCUGGAACAAUAGAUUUGCACAUUUAAUCGGGCAUAGUCAUCCAACAAUCUGGAAGUUGAUUAAUAAAUUUCGUGAGGAAGUGGGGGUAGAUAAAGCUAAAAUAGCAUUACAUGAUAUGGAACCCCCAAGAAAAAAAAACAUGGAUCAGAAAAAAAUGUAAAAUUACAACAUUUAUGUACGAUGUUUGUUAAUAACGAGUUAACAAUACCAGAAUUUUUAAAUAGAAUUGGUCAUUGCUUAA